AAGAUAUCAUUGUUAUCUACUUAUGUCGGGACUGGAUCCAGAAGAAAUUUUGAACAGCUCACUAGAAACUCUUUACGACUAUCAGCCCAUCACCUUAGCAUCCACCGGGUCCGUGUUCACGUAUAAUUUGAAGAAGUCCAAAGACUUUGCAAUAAAUGUGACACUGUACACACCUGACACUGACGCAUCCAAUUGGUCUCUACACGCUUCGUCAAUCUGGGCUUCAUCGCAGUAUCUCGUCGAUUAUAUCGACGACCUCCAUCUCGAAUCUCAUAUCGCUGCUAUCUCGCAAGAGAAAGUCCGCCUGCUCGAGCUCGGAGCUGGUGCUGGACUACCCGGGAUCGUUAUUGCAAAAUCCCUUCCAGACUCUGUCUUAGUCACUGUCAGUGACUAUCCCGAUGAGAAUAUCAUUCAGACACUAUCGGAAAAUAUCGAAAUUAAUCGGGUAUCCUCUAAUUGUUGUGCUAAAGCUUACGCCUGGGGCACAGAUUCCGGCGAAUUGCUUCUGGCACAACCUUCCAAUCAAAUUCCACGUCUAUUUGAUGUGGUUAUUGCUGCAGAUACACUGUGGAACUCUGAUUUACAUACGGUUUUUAUUGAUUCUUUGAAGAGAACCUUGCGCAAAGCGUCCGGUUCUCGUGUGCAUAUAGUUGCGGGACUGCACACUGGACGGUAUACCCUACAAUCUUUUCUCGAUGCCGUGUCGCAGUCAGGGUUUGACAUCGAGUCUGUGGAAGAGAGGGAUCGGAGCGGCUCACGGAGAAGAGAAUGGGACAUAUCUCGGGCAGAGCAAGAGGACGAAAAAGAGAGAAGAAAAUGGCUUUUGUGGAUUGUACUCAAGUGGUCAGUAUUUUCGUUUGCAUAGACAAUUACAAUAACAGAAAAACAUA